CCCUCUUCCUCCACCUCGACCUCCGCCGUUCGCAUUGUCAUCACUCACUACGAUUUAACAGGCUUCCAAUCCCGAAGAAAACGAGAAUCAGCACCGGGGCCAGAAUCUAGCACUCUCUCCUUCGAGUCACAUCCGCUGGCAGUGUGAUCCAGAGGACCCCUCCAUUCGGACACUCAAUGAUCCGCCCGCCCUCAGCCUCACCUUCUGACGCUUCGGAUCAUAGCGUCGCGACGGUUGUACGGUUUCGCUGUUUCACAAAAGUUCUGUUCAUGCUUAUACCAAACUGUUGAUUUUCGGAUGCGACAUCACCAGGCAUCGUACAUCUUGCCCUGGUACCGACAAGGUGGUGUGAAACUGUGGGACGGGAUAUCGCAGACGGGCCCAUACAACUAUUGCCUGCCGCGGAUACCCUUGACCGAUUAUGAAGCUCUAACGCAGGAUGGGCUCUGGUGAGAGGGAAGAUGCCAUGGGAUCCGGACCUCAAUACCGGACCUACGAAGACUACCAUGUCGGGGUCAUCUGUGCUCUGGCAUUUGAGAUGAGCGCUGUGCGGUACAUGUUGGAUCUCGAGCAUGAGCGCCUACCAGGAAAAGACGGUGACCCGAAUAUAUAUAUCGUGGGCGAGUUAUCCGGGCAUAAUGUUGCGCUUACGUGUCUUCCCGGCAACCAAGGGAAAAGCGCCGCCGCGGCAGUUGCAACGAACAUGUCGAGAUCAUUUCCAGAAAUCAUAUAUCGACUUCUGGUAGGGAUUGGCGGGGGAGUCCCAAGUGAGGGGCAUGAUAUCCGCCUAGGCGACGUUGUGGUCAGCAUGCCAGAUGGGCAGUAUGGUGGGGUUGUCCAGUACGAUCUUGGGAGCGAUUUGGAGAAUGGCUUCGCGGUCAAAGGGUUUCUACACCCUCCGCCGACAGUCUUGCGCAGUGCUGUCCAGAUCAUGCGGUCUGACCAUUUAAUAAGGUCAAAGGUACUUCCAAAAAACUUGUCAAACUUCUUCGAAAAACACCCCGGCCUUGAAAUCUAUAAAAGACCUCUUCCAGAAUCAGAUCUCCUCUUCGAGUCGGAUUAUCCUCACGACUCUACCCAGCCUACCUGCAAUGGCUGCGACAAGAACAGAGUCAUUAUACGAAGACGGCGGGAAUUCAAGCACCCCAAAAUCCACUACGGUCUGAUCGCAUCCGGGGAUAGGGUCAUGAAGAGUGCUGCCAAAAAGUCCGCACUUAUCAGGGAGGUUGGCGAUAUUCUCUGCUUCGAGAUGGAAGCUGCAGGCUUACUUGCCGAGCUACCAUGCAUUGUGAUUCGCGGCAUUUCCGAUUACGCAAACUCCCAUAAGAAUGAUCAGUGGCAGCAUUAUGCUGCUGCGGCUGCAGCAGCCUGUGCCAAGGAGCUCCUUUCUUCCCUCGAUGCCGGGGUCGUUUCAUCCUCAUACAUAAGAAAUGCUCUAUCCUCGGAUCCAAAUCAUCAAAUACUGUUUCGUGCUAUUGGGCAGGGGAGAAUUGUCCCUAGGGACCCACUCGGUGGCUCCAGAUGGACGUUUGGACAUUCCCAUGAAUGGGGCGGGCAAAACGUGUAUCAAAAUCUCAAACGCAUACCCAAUCAGAUAGAUCGGUCAUAUGUGCCGUCUGACUUCCAGAUUGCGAGGAGAACAGCACCGGACCCGGCGGAGCGUGUGCCGGCGCUUCGAGAACAGAAAGCUCGCAUUUCCCAACCGACCUCUAUGGAUCAAGACUGUAACCAGCUUGAUCAGGAGGGAUAUGAUGGCGCUGGGGCUAUACCUCGACGCUCCCGGUUACGGGCGCGGAGCCGUAACGGAAAGCGCAACGUUCGUCGGCUUUCUCCCGACGCUGAAGGGAUAUUGGAAGAGACCCCUACUUACUCCAGGACGUUAACAGGCAUAUCCGACAGAAGAGAAAGGUCAUACACUAUUUACCCGAAAGAAUGGAUUUUGAGGCUUGGGAUAAGAUUAGGGGCUCGGCUAGUCAUCUCACGCUCGUUAUACGGCUCUAAAUGGAGGUUGGAGCUGAUUCGGGUGGAUCCAGGUGACUCGUUCUCAAUGACGCUUGACGAGCCCAGUCGGACUUUGGUGGUGCUGGACCAUCGUGGCGGGCGUAUCCACUCCAAGAUGGCUGUGGCGUUACUGGUAUCCCUUUGUUCCAUGGUCAUGCUACUGUGUUAUUGCUGGAUUUAUAAACACAAGUAGCAAUGAUGCAAGUGUUCCCACAUAAUUGGUAGAGGCAUAUCCAGUUAUGGCAAUAUACAAGGAGUAAUACCGGAUCAAGAGAGCCUGCUGGUGCUCCGCUCGAACGAGUAUUACCUAGAACUGGCUAGUAGUAUCCAGAGGAAUCUUAACGCUGUCCUAAUCCUUGGUAGUUAAACGCGAC